CGAAGAAGUAGAGGCGACGCAACUUCCGGGUUUCAAAAGCUUGGUAGCAACAACGAACUUUGUGGUGACCACCAAAGAGCUUGUUUUGUUCUGGGAUGGGCUCUCCAACAAAGGAUGCAACACCACGCAGAACCAAAGUUCGUACUCCUGCUCGAGAGCCUGACUCCCCACUUCCCCCCAUCCAGGAGCGGCUGGCGUAUCUGCGACCCUCCAGGGAGCUGCUCGAGUUCUACAGAGAGAAGAUUGCCCAGUUUGAUGGGGAACAUGAAGAGCUGCUGCAGAUGCUGGAUAAGUACAGAGGCAUAACAGAGGACCAGCAUAAACUACAGCGGGAGGUACAACAGCGUGAAGGAGAAAUUGCUGAGCUCCAAAAUGCUCUCAGUGACAUGCAGGUGUACCUCUUUCAAGAGAGGGAACAGUCUUUGCGACUUUAUGCUGAGAAUGACCGGCUUAAGAUUAGAGAGUUGGAGGACAGAAAGAAAAUCCAGCACCUUCUCGCUCUAGUGGGUCCUGAUGCAGGAGAGAUCACAUAUUUCCACAGGGAGCCCCCUCACAAGGUCACCAUCACACAAAGGAAUGCUGAGUCCAGAUCGGAGGAAAAUCUAAGUCUCAGGCCAACAAGGUUAAAACCUCCUGGGACCAGGAAAGCAGAGAGCAGCAGGAGAACAAAAUCAGCAGAUGGCGUUAAUGGUGAGAGCCUGGAACAGUACAAGAGUGAAAAUCAGACGUUGUUACUACAGGUGGAGGCUCUGCAGGCUCAGAUGGAGGAACAAACCCGCCUGGCAAAAGAGCAGGUGGAGACCCUACUGGAGGAUCGACGAAUUAAAACAGAGGAGGCCCAGGCACAACAGCAAAAAGAUAGGGAGAGAAUUACUGCUCUCAGUGACAAGUUACAGCGAACCCAGAACCUGCUGCAUGAGAGCACCAAAGAUUUCCUACAGCUAAAGUUUGAAACAAGAGCUCAAGAGAAGAGCUGGAUGGUGGAAAAGGACCGGCUGCUGCGAGAGCUUGAUUCAUGCCACAACCGCCUGAGGAAGGCGGGGUCUGCUGUGGGUGGAGAACUGGGGAGAGCAUCAAAGCCCAGUAGCAGCUCAGCCAUGCUCUCACCCAGGCCUCAGCAAGAGUCACAGCGGACACACAAAGAGCAGAUAAAGGCACUGCAAGAAGACCUGAAGCAAGCCCACCGUCUGGCUGAGAUGUUCAGGGAGCAGUGUGUCACUUUGGAGACUGAACUGUCUCAAAUCAGAGAGGAGGGCGAUGUUGGCAGGGAAAUAUUUAAGGAACGUUCAGACAAAAUGGCCAAGCGUCUUCAGCUGAUGACUCAGCGAUAUGAGGCACUGGAGAAGAGGAGGGUCAUGGAGGUGGAGGGCUUCAAGACCGACCUCAAGCACCUCAGACAGAAAUUUAAAGAUGUCGAAAAACAACUUCUCAAGGUAACUCUGAAUGUCAGGCCCAACCAGGAUCUAGCCAUUCUGCAUGAGGUACAUCAGACCAACACCAGGACGAAGAAGGUUCAGGAUGAGCUGAUGGCCCUAAAGGCUAAAAUCUAUGGACUGGAAAAUGAGCUAAGAUUCAGCUGAGGAGUGGACUGUGACAUUUUGUGUCUCUAUGUAGUUGAGUGUCGGAUUCAUGAAUGUCUUUAUUGCUAUGCUUAUAUCACUCAUCCUGACACAACGUUUUAUUUAUUUUGUUGUUCCAACCAAUAAAGAUGUUUUGCUACAGUA